AUGCCCAUCGCGUACCUGUUUAGCGUGGACUCUCUAGUCCAUCGGCUCACGCAACACCGCAUCUGGGCCGCCGUGGCUCUAUGCGGCCUAUGGUAUUUGCUUGCACUAACAAACAGAAUCGCCAAGCUCCCUACCUCCCCUCUUCCCCCAUUGGGGCCCAAUGACGUGGCAAUUGUCACCGGAGGCCUGAGCGGGCUUGGGCUCGAGAUGGUGAAAAUGCUCCUGCAGAAACACAGGCUCCUGCGGGUGUUUGUCUUGGACAUCACGGAGCCCGAGCCGGGCCUUGGCGACGCCGUGCUUUUCCUCCGGUGCGACUUGGCCUCGUGGCAGGCCGUGGACGCGGCGUUGUCGCAGAUCUCGGCCCGGUGCAAGGCGCUGGGCCGGCCGGUCAGUGUGGUCAUCAACAACGCGGGCGUGCGGCUGGACGGGUGUCUCUUGGCCAUGGCGAGAGAGUCCAUCCAGCGCGAUUUCACAGUCAACACCUUUGCCCCGGUGUCGAUUUUGCAGCGCGUGGUCUCGGAGCACGUGGCCACCCACGCACAUCGCAGAUUAUCCAUCGUCACGGUCUCGUCGGUGCUUGCGGCCUUGGGGCCGCGGAACCUCCUGUCGUACUCUGCCUCGAAGGCCGCAGCCACGCAGUUCCACGAGGUGCUCUCACGCGAGUUGGCCGAGCUUCCCUCCGUGAGAAUGCUUUUGGUGAUGCCUGGCCAGUUGACCACGCAGAUGUUCAGUGACCUUGAGCCCAGCAGACGCUUUGUGGCGCCACUCGUGGACCACCGUGCACUCGCAGAGUCCAUUCUCGAAAAGGUCGAACUAGGCGAGGAGGGCGUUAUGUGUGAGCCGUUCUACGCAAACUUCGGCUAUUUGAUCAAGGCGCUACCGUGGAAACUACAGCAGAUGGCGCGGGACUUUUCGCAGAUGGACGAGAAGAUCAAGCCCUAG